AUGUCUUCGAUGCCAAGGCUUCCAGCGCGGAAAGUGGUAUCGUCCCAACCUCAUGCACAGGCUACGGGACCGACACCACCCGCUGCAAGCCUUCAUGAAGCCAUGGUGUCCCAGGUUUCUCGCCUUGCUACCAACCCUGCACUUCAGCGACUUCUGCAAAACCCUGAGCUCUUGGAAGUCGUCAAGGAGCGGGACCCUACCUUCAAGCGCCUUCUGGAGCAGAAUCCCGGAAUGAGCGAGCUCCUCGCGCCCGACAAGCUCCGCUCGGUGCUUCAAAUGGCGAAGGAUCCGGCUCUCAUGAUGACAGGGGGCGCGGGGAUGUUUGGCGUGAUGAACCACCCGGAGCAGCAGCAGAUGCGGUCAAGGAUGCAGCUGCUGCAGCAGCAGGUCAUGGCGACGAUGGCUAACAUUGACGACAACACGGCCAACCACCAUUUGCCGCAGCCGCAGCCGCCAACCCCGUGGACAGCAACGACGGCAGCGGCGGUAGCAGGCCAGUCGGCCGGCGCCUUCGGCUCGGCGAUGGCGGCAGGGACAGCGACGGCGGCGGCUAGGGCUUCGGAAAAUUUACAAGGUGGCGGCGGCGGCGGCGGCGCGUCCGGCUCGCGGCCCUGGACGGCAGGCAUGGCCCCCCCGCACCAGUCCCCCGCUUUCUUCAACCCGCCGUCGGUCGAGUCAACUACGACGGGGAAGACAGUGGCGGGGGGAGGUAGCGGUGGAGAGUACGGCGGCUUUAGCUUCACACACUCAGAGCGCGAAGUCACGCUGGAGGAGUUGCCGUACGAUGUGCAGCAGCAGCUGCUGGCGGCGCACGGCAUCAAGCGCGAGGACGUGCUGUUGCAGCCGGCCGCCACCGCCGCUGCCGCCGCCGCCAACAGCAGCACUAAUGAUACGGCGCAAAUAGAGCUUCCUUCGUUUUCCGUGUGGCAGCAGGAGAAGGUGGCGGCGGCGGCGUAUGCGGCUCAGGCGAUGCCGCCCGGUGCCUGGUCGGACCUCCGCUCCCACCAGGGGUCACUGACCCACGGGUCGCACAUGCUGCCCAUCAGCACGGCCUCCUUGGACAGUGCCGCCGCCGCCGCCGGCGGAGUCAGAGGCGGCACAGAACCAAAAUACCCACCACCACCACCACCACCAGCAGCAGGUCGGGCAGGGCAGUAUAAGAACCACCGCCAGCAGCAGCAGCACCAUCCCUUUGAGCUGCACGGGGCCAGUCAGUACGACCGGUACGGCAUGUACGGGCUGGGAAGCAGCCCAGCCGGCAAGCGUCGCCCCGGGGACUACUACGAGCCCGUGGAGGCGAACCUCCUGUGGAGGCCGCCGGAGGCCCAGGAGGGCUGUGGCACCCUGUACAGGAGGGCCUAUUCAGGCUACUGCGAUCUGCUGUUCUUUCCGCCCUUCUUCGCGCUGGCGGCCCUGCUGGUGGUGGGAGCCCCCGGACUGCCCUUCUGGCUGCUGGCGGGGGGCCUUAUAGCUGCCGUACUGCCCGGGGCGUACUGCUUCACGGUGGUGCUGGGGGGAAUACCCAGAGAGAAGAUUCCGACCUCGCGGAGCUUCCUGUCGUUCAUCGCCACCUGCGAGGUCGUGUAUCCCCUCGUGUACGGCUGGGGGGUGUUGCCGUACUGGCACGGCCUCAUCUCUAGUACGACACUGGUGCUGCUGGUUUGCUUCGCGGUGUUGCCCAUCCUGCACCUGCGCGCCGCCACGGCGGACCCCGGCUACGUGCUGACAGCCGCCCAACAGCAGCAGCAACAACAACAACAGCAACAAGAACUCGAUCUGCAGGGAGAGCCGCAGCAGGAUAGGGUCCUGCAGCUCCAGAACCAACACCAACAGCACUGUCAGUUCUGUAACCGCUGUGUACGGCGAUUUGACCACCACUGCCCCGCCAUCGGCAACUGCGUGGGUGAGGGCAACGAGCGGACCUUCGCUGCCUGGCUGCUCCUCAUGGUCAGGGCGGGCCUGGGGUUGUGGGUGUGUCAGGUCCUGGUGGUGCACGUGACCCUCAGCUUCGUACUGCAACGUCAUUUGGCGGUCAGUGGCGCCGCCGCCGCCUCCUCGGCCCCGGACACGGGUCCCAGGGCGAUGUGGGCGGCGCUGUGCUGGGCCGCUGGGGCCCCGGAGAGGUGGCUGCUGCUGCUGGGGGGAGUGCAGGCUCUGUGUCUCAUUCCGGGAACUUUCCUGGCAGGGCGCCAAGCUUUCCUAAUCCUGGCAAACCUAACCGCCAACGAACUGAUCAACCGAAAGCGGUACGGCUACCUGCAGGACGACGAGGGCAGCUACUGCAACCGAUUCGAUCGUGGCGUGGCACUUAACUGUUUCAGUUUUUGGUUGGAGCGCAAGUUGGACUGGCGCCCGCAGUACGAUGCCGGAGAGCGGGAGAUGCGUCGGCGCGGCGUACGACGGUUGUCGGUUUGGACGGUUGGGUGGUGGAUGACGUGGUCGGACGACUACAACGCACGCAGCGAGGCUCUCCGUCAGGCUCUCCUAGAUGUCCGAAUUCAGAAAGUCCGGAGGGGGGCGGCAGUGAGGGCGGAGGCAGCAACAGCAGCAGCUGCCGCGACUCCCGCUACUGCACCAGCUACAGCAGCUGCACGGUUUCAUGUGUCUCAGGCCACUCAGCAAUUGUUGGAUGCUCAUGCCGUCGCGGGAAAGGCGAUGUGA